UGCGCACGCGCCCCGGGUGCCUGGAGUGGCUGGCUCGGACUUCCGCCUUGAGAGCCGGGGACUGGGGUUGGUAGCGGGCGAGGCUGGUCUAACCUGACCCGAUGGGGUGAUGCUGGCCCAGAAAAAGGGAUGCGAUUGAGCUGACCAGCUGGAUGAGAGAGACGCGGCCAGGCGUGGGCCAGAGGGAGUCCUCAGGACACCUUGGCAGGGUCUGUAGCAUUUUGACCGACUGCACGAAGACUCCCAGAGUGACCCGGCCGGAGGGGGAAGGAAACAAAGAGGCCGGAGCUUGACAGCCGCCGCUGUGGAGUAGCGCUCGAAACCCACGAACUGGCCCAGCAGUGGCCAGCAUGGGCCUCGCUCUCAGGAGAACCACUACUGCCACCCCUCGGGCUCUCUCGCUUCACUAACUCCUGUAACUCUUUGCCCAAGUCCAGUUUAGAAGCCCAAGUCAGCUUCCUCGGAACAAACUCCUUUUACAGAGACUCGCCUGCACGGUGUUUCUCCAAGGGCCUGGGAAGAUAGUGUACCAAGUCCUGGAACUCAGACACAGGAGAGAAAGUGCUUUCUGCUGUCAAGGAUGGCCAAACCCACUCUGAGAGAAAAUGGCACUAACUCUGAAAGCUUACGGCAGCGCUUCAGAAGAUUCCAUUACCAGGAAGUGGCUGGGCCUCGGGAGGCUUUCAGCCAACUAUGGGAACUUUGUUGUCGGUGGCUAAGGCCAGAGGUGCGGACCAAGGAACAGAUUGUGGAAUUGUUGGUGCUAGAGCAGUUCCUGACCGUGCUGCCUGGGGAGAUCCAGAACUGGGUACAGAAACAAUGUCCAGAAAAUGGAGAGGAGGCGGUGACACUGGUGGAAGAUUUAGAAAGAGAGCCUGGAAGACCUGGGCGUUCGGUCACAGUCUCUGUGAAGGGGCAGGAAAUGCACUUGGAGAAGAUGACACCCCUGAAGUCAUCACAGGAGUUAUUAAAUGUUCUGCAGGAGUCAGUGGAACCCCAGCGCAGGGGUGUAUCCAAGAAAGAGAGGGCCAGAAGCCCAGCCCUGGGACCACAGGAGCAGACGAACCCAGAGGAGACUCUCAAACCUUUUCAAAGGAGCGGAUUUGUAUUUCCUAAACCUGAUGUGGUGUCCAGGUUGGAUCAAGGGGAGCCAUGGAUCCCAGAUCUGUUCAGCUCCAAAGAGAAGGAUGUCCCCAAAGGCAGCAGCGCAGGAGACAGACCGUUACCAUCCGAGAGUGAGAGAAACAGCUGGGUGGAACAGGACCACUGGGUCUUCGAUGAUGAGAAGGUGGUGGGUGUGCACUGGGGUUAUGAAGAGACUAGAACACUCCUUGCAAUUCUCAGUCAGACUGAAUUUUAUGAAGCUCUCCGAAACUGCCACAGGAACAGUCAAGUGUACGGGGCUGUGGCUGAGAGGCUGCGUGCGUAUGGUUUCCUCCGGACCCUGGAACAGUGCCGGACCAAGUUCAAGGGCCUUCAGAAGAGCUACAGGAAGGUCAAGAGUGGUCAUCCACCUGAUACUUGCCCCUUUUUUUAUGAGAUGGAAGCCCUGAUGAGUGCCCAGGUCAUUGCCUUGCCCGUUAAUGGACUGGAAGAGGUAGCCUCCCAUGCCGGCCAGGCCAGCAGUGAGACUGAGGCUGAGGAGCCAGGGCAGAGCGCCUGGCAGCAUGAGGAUGGAGAGGAGGCUAUGGCUGAAAGGUCUGACAGUGACGACCUGGAGGCAACCCCCAAGGACCCCGGCAACUCACCUGCAUCUGUGCUGUUCCGAAGCCCCAGUGGUGUACACUGGGGCUAUGAAGAAACCAAGACUUACCUUGCAAUUCUUAGUGAGACUCAGUUCUACAAAGCCCUCCAAAACUGUCACCGCAACAGCCAGUUAUAUGGAGCAGUUGCUGAGAAGUUGUGGGACUAUGGCUUCCUUAGGACCCCAGAGCAAUGUCGGACCAAAUUUAAAAGCCUACAAGCCAGCUAUCGGAAAGUCAAGAAGGGCCGAGCACCAGAAACCUGUCCCUUCUUUGAAGAAAUGGAUGCUUUGGUGAGUGCCCGGGUUGCUGCUCCACCUAGUGAUGACCAGGAAAAAGAAACAGCUUCUUGCUGCCUCCAGGGAACCAGCGAGGCUGAAACCGAGCAGCAAGCUGAGGACUCAGAAGAUUCAGAUGAUGAUGAAGACUAUACUGAGCUACCUCCAGGGGCUGUUACAACCCGUGCCCCAGUCUUAUUCCAGAGCCCCCGUGGCUUCGAGGCUGGAUUUGCUAAUGAAGAGAAUCCAAAACGAGAUAUUUCUGAGGAAGUGAGGCUGCAUAGGACAUUACUUGCAAGGUCUGAAAGAAAAAUUCCCCGUCAUGUUAAUCAAGGUAAAGCUAAUAAGAAAGCAUGUUUAUCAGAAAGCCAGUGGGAAAAGACGCAAAGCGAGAAAAAAAGAAAGCUGGCACUUCCAGAGAAGAAUAUAGGUAAAGUCCUGACUUAUCAGAGCCCAGGCUUGGGAGAUAGACCCUGUAAAUAUCUCAGAUGUGGCAAAAACUUUGGCUCAAAGUCCCAUCUCGUGAAUCAGGUAGAGACUCCAUAUAAAUGUGCAGACUGUGGGAAGAGCUUCAGUCGGAGUGCACGCCUCAUCAGGCACCGAAGAAUCCACACUGGAGAAAAACCUUACAAGUGUCUUGACUGUGGGAAAGGUUUCCGUGACAGUUCUAAUUUCAUUACCCAUCGGAGAAUCCACACAGGAGAAAAACCUUAUCAGUGUGGUGAAUGUGGAAAACGCUUCAAUCAGAGCUCAAGCCUUAUAAUUCACCAAAGAACCCAUACAGGAGAAAAGCCUUAUCAGUGUGGGGAGUGUGGGAAAAGCUUCAAUAACAGUUCCCAUUUCAAUGCACACAGGAGGGUACACACAGGAGAGCGACCGCACGUGUGUUCUGACUGUGGUAAGAGGUUUAGUAAGAGUUCUGACUUACGUGCACAUCACAGAACUCACACAGGAGAGAAGCCCUAUGGAUGCCAUGACUGUGGCAAGUGCUUCAGUAAAAGCUCUGCCCUUAAUAAACACCGAGAGAUCCAUACCCGAGAAAAGCUGCUGUCACAGCCAGGGCUUAAGUAAGCUCCCGAGGAAGGGCCUCAGUAAUAUACUGUUGGGGAAGUCCUCGCCUGCUUUGUGCCAGCUGGCUUAGGAAGCACGCCUCGGGAUUUUU